UAUUGAUCGACCGUUGCAAGUGAAUUAGAUGGCGGGCAGGCUAUGGUCCGUGGCCGUUGCGGCUGCUCUGCUCUGCCUGCUCGCCGCCCAUGGCUGCACCGCCACCACCAAGCAUCACAAGCCUCCCAAGCCCCACAAGCCAAUCCCAAGCCCAAGCCCCAGCCCCAGCCCUGGCAAUGCUUCUUCUUCCUCCUCCAAUUCCAGCAGCACCGUCCCUCCUCCUCCUGCUUCCAUCCCCGGCAACGGCAGUAGCACCAGCGGCGGGUGGCUGAACGCCCGGGCGACCUGGUACGGCGCCCCCAACGGCGCUGGGCCUGACGACAACGGUGGCGCGUGCGGGUUCAAGAACGUGAACCUGCCGCCGUUCUCGGCCAUGACGUCCUGCGGCAACGAGCCUCUGUUCAAGGACGGCAAGGGCUGCGGUUCCUGCUACCAGAUCCGAUGCGUGGGGCACCCGGCGUGCUCGGGCGCCCCGGAGACAGUGAUCAUCACGGACAUGAACUACUACCCGGUGUCGCUGUACCACUUCGACCUGAGCGGCACGGCGUUCGGCGCCAUGGCCAAGGACAACCGCAACGACGAGCUCCGCCACGCCGGCAUCAUCGACAUCCAGUUCAGGAGGGUGGCAUGCCAGUACCCGGGGUUGACGGUGACGUUCCACGUGGAGGAGGGGUCGAACCCGGUGUACCUGGCGAUACUGGUGGAGUACGAGAACGGCGACGGCGACGUGGUGCAGGUGGAGCUGAUGGAGUCGAUCAGGGCGGCGGACGGGGCGGCGACGCCGACGGGGGUGUGGACGGCGAUGCGCGAGUCGUGGGGAUCCAUCUGGCGCCUCGACACCAACCACCCGCUGCAGGGCCCCUUCUCCCUCCGCAUCACCAACGAGUCCGGCAAGACGCUCGUCGCCGACCAGGUCAUCCCCGCCGACUGGCAGCCCAACACCGUCUACUCCUCCCUCGUCCAGUUCGACUCUUAACUAUAUUUCUUUCUCCCUUCCUUCUUCCUACAUUGCCAUUGCCUUCAAUGCAUAUAUCCAUCGCGAGACGUCGCUUGUGACGUCCGAUCUCCGUUUCACUAUCUGCAUCCAUCAGUGCGUGCACUGUCGAUCCACCAUAUACUACUAUCUAUAUAUCGACCAUGAUGAUAUGCAUGCAUGUAUAUCGAUCAUUAAUUGUACCUCAUCAUAUAUGCAUGCAUGUCCAAUGUAAUCGUGUGCUACUACUAAAUAUGUUUACAUGCACGCAAAUCAUGCAAACGAAUCAGUCAAUAUAAUAUUUAUUGCAUUUGCUAGCUAUCUCUGCUUCCUGUUACACCAGCAGCAGGCCGGUUCAUUCUGGGUUUCACUUCAUUCUCCCUAGCUACGUACGUGGUUUGUCAUUUCUAGCUUUUGCUACCUGCUGGAUUUAUUAUUAUAUACUU